AUGGAGUAUCUGCUGGAUUCCCGUGUGUUUAAUUAUCUCCCAUUUACGAUAUGCCCAAAUACGAGGAAGAAUAUCAUAUCAAUAGUGAUGAAAAUCGUUACAGCGGCGGAUUGGUUAUGUAAAACUCGGGAACUACAGCCAUUGAUAGAAAAUCACCCAACGUUGGUUGUAUCAGAAUUCGUCUAUACAGUGCUUUGGUUAUUGUCAUUCUUCUGUGCUCUACGUUAUGGUUCACGUUAUGUGUACACAUGGGUUGGUGUUUAUUUAUUGGCCGUCUUUACUGAAAGUAUAAAGUUUGCCGAUGAAAGUAUGAACGUUAUGUUCUACAGUCAAACAAUGUUAACAGUUAUGGGGAUGCGCACUCCGCUUUAUUUAUUAUGUGGUAUCUACCACACAUUGUUUUACACUUCAUAUAUUAUAGUGAAAAGAAUUCGUUUGAAGUGGUGGGGUGAAGCUGCAGCAAACGGUAUUCUGGUAUUCUUGUUGUCGUUGCCCUUACAAAUGAUGGGUACAAAGUUGCUUUGGUGGCAGUGGUAUAAUGGUGACCCACGUCUCAUAAACACGUUUUAUUCUGUCCCACUAGUUGUGUUGGCAUGGUAUGCAAUACUAGGGACAUCAUUCAAUGCCAGUUUAUACUUGUUUCGGAAAGGACUUCUUCGGAAAGAAUAUGACUGGAAAAGAUUUGCUACUGAAUUCUUUUGUGUAUUUGGUGCAGCUUUGUUUGCUAUUUGCCUUGCUACAUUGCAGUACAUAAUUUUCUUCCACAUUCUGCAUGAUAUUUUUCAGAUCCAUUCCAUCUUUCCACUGGCACUUCUGCUUGUUAUUUAUGCAAUUACAGUAUUGAAAGCACUGCUUAAUUCUAAAAGGGAUUAUGACUUGCUUGAUAUAGGAAAAGAUCAGUUGAUCGAAAUUCCAUUGGGUGAAAGAUGUAUUCGUGCACUUGCUGAACUCUCAAUUGUGGCAAUUCAUUUCUUGCUUCAUAUGUUAUUGGCAGUAUUUAGUUCCCCUGAGAACAUCAUUUCAGAAGGUAUACAUCAGGCGGUCGGUUCGUGUGGUGAAAUGGAGCAAAUUUUUUCACCUUUUGGUUUGCCUUUAUACCGCAGAAAAUAUUUUUGUAUAGAAGAACAAAAACAGAAGCUAUUCGAUCUUCAUUGUAUUCCCGGCGGACAGUUGUCGGAAAUAGUAAGCGGUGAACCAUUAGAGUACUAUGCAAUUUGUGGCACGAAUUUCGAGAAUCGAGCAGGAUAUAUUACUUUCAUAUGGGUAUAUUGUGUCAUGGUCCUUUUCAUAAUCUUUUAUGUCACACUUCUUUGUGUAGUUGAGAUCAAUAAACCAAAAGCAUGUUCUUGCACCAAAACUAUGCAACACAGCGAUGAUAGGUACGGAUUCAAAUCAUUGAAAAACUUCAGCUUAUAUGAAAAAAAGUUGAAUGAUAGAUUUUCGCAGCGAGCAUUGGAUGACACUGAACUUCGGCAUCGGUUAACUCCUGUCAGUAAAAAAUCACGUCUGCCCAUGCCUAAUCGUUUAGUGGACUAUCCUUCAAAAUCGUCAGCAUGA